CUAUAUUUUAUUUUUUCUGAUUUCAUUUACAUAGAACUGCCUCCUUUUCCGCAUGUUCUAGCUACCGUACAUCAUUUUCGUUUUUGGGAGGGAGCUGUUGGUGCUAGUGAAUAAAUUAGUGAAAAAAAGUGUGAUUUCUGCACUAUUAAAAUAAAAUAAUUGUUCACAAGUUACAAAGAAUUAAAGGGCACGUAAACCCAUUGAUUUUUACUGACUCCACCCUCAGUGCAAAUAAAACAAAAAUACAAAAAAUGAGAGGGUAGUUUGGAAGCUGCACUGUGAUGGUGCUGGUGAUGUAUGGGUUUAGGGGCGGGGCAGAAGGAAGAGCUGAUUAGGAUAAGCAGGAGGUUUGCUAAGAUCGUGUGAGAUCCAGAGGGUAUGAGAAGAUGAGCCGCUCCACCAGCCUGCUGCAGCAGAUGACAAUAUUUGUCACUGUGAUGACUGGGGGAGGAUGUGGCAUGAUGUACUACCUCAUGCAGAAAAACUUCGCUAAAUCAGAGUAUUAUAGGCUGGCUAUUGAGCAGCUGAAUGAGAACUCCACAGCCAUGGCCAGCCUCGGGGCUCCACCCCUGAAGAUCCAUAAUAUCCACCUGACCGAUCGGCACAACCGCGUGGACCACACCCAGGCUCAGCUGAAAAUUCCAGUGACUGGACAGAAGACUGGGGGCUAUCUGUACACAACAUCCACCAGAGACUCGGUGAUGAACAGCUGGUGCCUCCAGCGAGUGGCUUUGCAGCUUCGGACUGGAGAGAUUGUUGAUAUUUUCCCCAGAGCGGAAUCAGAGUAGUUUUAUGAAGAUGGAGAUGCUGGAUCUGUUUUAAUGAUGACCGCUGAUCUGUAUAUAUCUGUGAUAAAAGAGAUGAUGAACAAUGAUUCCAAUAAAACCAAGUGAGCCUUCCAAA